GCUGUUGCCCCAUUACAGGAAGUGGAGCAGGUAUGGUAAAUGAAAAGCGAGCAGGGUUUAUAAAAGAUGAGGUGGCUCAUCAAAUGAUGGGUUAAACAGUUUUUUCACAGUGCUAUUUGUGGCCCACGGCUUUGCACGGCACACUGAGACUGACAGACGGGCAUGGAGACGCUGCUUUUUCUAUUUCCUCAAUUUAACUACAUGGCCCCAAAGGAGGAAGCAUAUUUCAAAAUGUUUGCUGUGCAAGACUCGCAGUCAUCAGCGAUGAAGGACAAUAGCAGCAGACAGAAAGACAAGGAGAGGAAGAGCCGACUAAGCCUUUUUCUCACCAAGUCGGGCUCCCAUGAAAAUGUCAGUCCUCAUAAAAAGACCGAUACGACAACGAGCAACAUCUCACCAGAGGCAGCCUUACAGUGGAGCGACUCUUUUGAAGAGCUGCUAAAUAACACAGACGGGGUGGAAACCUUCGCUCAGUUCCUCAGGACAGAGUUCAGCGAGGAAAACAUUGAGUUCUGGUUGGCCUGUGAAGAAUACAAGACCAUUGAUUCAGAAACCAAGCUGCUGUCCAAAGCCAAAUAUAUUUAUGCAGUUUUUAUUGAAUCGGAGUCCCCCAAAGAGGUCAACAUUGACUACAACACAAAGAUGGCCAUCCAGAAAAACAUGGAACACCCAACACGAAGCUGUUUUGAAGCCGCCCAGAUGAAAGUCUACAGUCUGAUGAAAAAGGACUCCUACCCAAGGUUUCUGCACUCUGACAUUUAUCUGCGUAUAACUCGGAGGAAGGGUCCUGGAUCCACCAUGUUUCGCAGAAGGUCACGCUCCUGUGUGUUUAACGAGAGGGGAGAAGUCAAAACUGAGCCCUCAGCUUGGUAAUCGUAACAUUGCACAUCUGUGUUGACUGGAUUCAUUAUCACCCGGGAGAUCAUCUAUGAUUUGCAACACAACUGUUGAAACAUGAUGUGGUGUCUAAAUUAGGGCCCACAGGUUCUGAUUUGUGGAGUGCAAUAUUUUUCUGUAACCAGAGAUUUGACAAUGGAUUACUUCUCAGACACAGCACCACAGUAAAUUGACAUUAAUGGUAAUUUAAAUGUACUAUUUGGGAAAUAUUGUUUCUUUCCAUCAGUUUCACAAGAAUUGUAUCCUAAUUUCAGCUUGGUAAAAUGUAAUAUGCUUGCUAAAUGACCAGGCUAACAACUAUUAGCCUCAAAAGCUAAUGACAGUGCUCCUCUCAGGUUUAUGCAACCAAAUAUUUUCUGACCAAUGUACAAUGUUGUACAAUGUUAUUUGUAUUAAUUUAUGAGCUUUAACAAACACGGCAGCCAUGUUGGAUUUUGAGGCCAGAGUGCGAGAAACCUCCAACCUUUCAAGCUGGAAUUCCAACUAGGAAGGAAGGGUGUGAAUUUUUCUGCGAAUAUACUUGGACAUUCUAGCUUACAAGUACAAAUGUUAUGCAGUAUAAAUCUGCGAACUAAAAAUUAAGAAUGACUAAUUAUGGUAUUGGGCUUUUUUAAGGCAUGUCGUGUUUCUGGCCUGACUACAUGCAGUGAAUGCUUGCUAACUAUACUGGUUUCCUAGCAACUUAAGGCCAGCGCGGACAGCUUUUUUCAGCUGCUUUCCUGCAGUCUUUUUGCUACGCCAGAGUAAUUCAGGCAGACAUGAGCAUGUCAUCAAUGCAGUUGUUCCACACUUGCUUUAAAAAAAGGAAAGGACGUUAUUCCCAGAAAUUCGGAUCUACGUAUUAUGACUAUUCACUUAACACCAGCAGCCCGAAUACAUCCCGGGAGGUUAUUUAGCAGCAGUAAUGCUUUCUGGUCCCUCAGUUAAAUAUUCUGAGAGUCUAAAAUGGGAUUGCUCUGCUGGAUUUGUGAUUGGUGUCGCCAUUGUGAUGCAAAGAAUCGUAGCAACCGCUAGUAAGAAUGUUAUUUAAGACUUUCUAAAAUCUUCCAAAACCUUAAGGAAAGUCUAAAUAUCCGAGGGAGACUUAUCAUUACAGGCCCCUCAAAGCUACUGUGUCAGGAUUGCUGAGGCACAUUUAGACCUUUGUCUCCCCUACAGCUGUGGUAUGUCAUAGAUUUAUAGAGUUGAUACGCUUAUUAAGCUGAUUCGACCACAUUUCGUUUGAACUGAAUGAUGAUUUGCAUCUGCAGUGUUUAACCCCCACCUGAAUGACAAGCUGUGAAAACCCAGGGCCGCAUCGACCGUAAAACUCCAAACCGCUUUCCAGCACACGAUAGAGAAGCUCUUACAUGUCUAUUAUUAAUCAUCAGGUUCCAUUUUCACACACAGAAAAGGCCCGUAUACUGUAUUUUCUCUGAAUACUAACAUUACAUUAUGUUGAUUGUGAUUGCUGUUUUUAAGUUGCCACCUAACAUAAUUUAUGUAUUACUUGAUCUCAUUUGAUACUGCUGUAAAACGUACGCACUAUAUGUGGACAGCAUCAAAUAAACAUUUUCCAGUAAAAUCUGUUUUAAUGACGCCAUGAAUUAUGUUAAUUGUUUUAAAUGAGGGCAUAAAGAGGACAAAUAGAGCCAUAAUGUGUACAUGUUAUGCCAGUGGGGAAACACCGCAUGCGUGUAGCUACCUAUUCUAAAUCAUUGAAAAAUUAAUGGCUCAUAUCAGGCCUAACCAUCCUGGUGUGGAAUUAUUUAUGUUACCGUAUUUGUAUGUGUGAGCCAUGCUUCGUGCAAACACCAGUAAGUAUCAAUUCAGACUUGUAUCUGCAGAACGUUCAAAUAUUUCUAACUCAGCUGAGUACACAAAGAGGGUGUAUGCCCGGCAUCACGGUUUGGCUCAUUUGCACAAAUGUCUAGGUAUCUAGUAGCCUUUGUAGAACAAGUUAGUGUGACUCUGCUCCAAAUCUGUGGAAUAUGUCACAAUUCACAUCAUUUAUUCAUCCAACUGGAUGAUGGCAGCACUCAUACGCUGUGCUUGUGCAGUGAGAAAGUGUGGGUUGUGCAAGGGUGACGAUUUACUCUGCCUUUAAUGAUCUGUUAACAAAUGUGGAAGCUCACUUUCCCCUGCCAAACAGGUUACAGCUAAAGAAUAAGUCUUCUUAAAGGGAUAGUUCAGGAUUUUUGUAGUAUGUUUGUUUGUUUGUUUUUAUUUCUUUUUUUUUUUAAGCUGUUAAUGUCUUAUCUUCAGUAGAUAUCUUUCUUAGCAUCUUCAUAUUUUUUAAGAGGAGCUAAACUUUCCUGUACAGUUCAUGCUCUGUAUAUAAUACAUAACUUCAGGGUAGUUAAGGUGUACCUGUCUGGUAUUAUUAAUGUUGCUAUUAAAUACAUGAAAAAAAAAA